AAACUCGGCGCUUCAGAUAAGAGCGUGCCCUGCACAGCCAUCGGCGACAGUCUUUUUGCACUGCAGCUGCCGGAGGUUUUAGGGCGACGAGAAUGCCGCUGUGACAAGGCGAGUGGCGCGUCCCAUCUUUUUCCCCCCCUUUUCUCUCCCUUCCCCCACCUUUUUUUCCAGUGGUUGUUUUGGUUCUAUUUAUUUAUGCUUUUUUAAAAAAAAGGUUUGGGGGGUCAUCCUUUCCCGAAUACCCCAAAAUGCCUUGGUCGACCCGUCCAAGAUCUGAUGGUUGCCUCUGAAAAAUGUUGAGAGGUUGGUACUAAGAAGUGCCUUUCCUGACGUCUCUGCUGCUUGGAAUCGCUUCUAGAGCAGUCUCUGCUUUUUGCCUUGCUUGCUGCCAGCUAGACUGCGACGACACCACAUCCACCCUCACCUCUCGCCCAGCCACCCCUCCCCUCUAAGCAUCAGGCAUUGCCCUAGGCUGCUUUAGUUAUUCUUACAGAAAUAAAAGUUUGCUGGAAAAGUGAGCUGUCUUCUGCCAGGAAAGAAAGAAAGGGGAAAAAAAGAUCUGAGAGAAGAGGGGAAAAAAAAUCCAAACCAGUUUCUUGAUUUGUUGCUCUAAACUGCUGCAUCUGUCUGUGCCAAACUAAUCAUUACCAAUUGCACCACACCAAAAAUUAAGAAAGAAUAAUUAUUGCAAAUUCAGCUGUGUGUGGAGACAACUUUUCCUGAGAGCAGCUUGAAAGAUUCUGUGUCGAAGGGUCUGCCACGUUUUUGCUGCUUGCAUUUGGGGCUCCAAUUCGGCAUUCAGAAUGGGUUACUGAGAGCACAAGGCUAGUUCCAAGGCACACUUUUAAAUGCUCCUCUUACUUUUGAUCCUAGCAUUUCCCUAAGUUUGACUCCCCCCUCUCUUUUGAUUGACAGUUUCAUGCUGUGACUUUCUAGAGGGAAUAUCUCUUCCUUGCUGUCGCAACAACACAAUUUUACAUCUUUUAAAAUUGGGCUCGGGGACUGGGGAAAUAUUUUGGAGGUGACAUUUUUCAUCAUUUCCAGUCUUAUCAGUUUGGCCUUUUUUAAUUUGUUCAUUUCAUUGACAAUUUUAACUACCUGUAAAGUCUAAACAUGGCUGUAAGUGUCACACCAAUCCGGGACACAAAAUGGCUAACACUGGAAGUAUGUCGAGAGUUCCAAAGAGGGACUUGCUCACGACCAGAUACGGAAUGUAAAUUUGCACAUCCAUCGAAAAGCUGCCAAGUUGAAAAUGGACGCGUAAUCGCCUGCUUUGAUUCAUUGAAAGGACGAUGUUCAAGGGAGAACUGCAAAUAUCUUCACCCACCACCACACUUAAAAACACAGUUAGAGAUCAAUGGCCGCAAUAACCUGAUUCAGCAAAAGAACAUGGCCAUGCUGGCCCAACAAAUGCAACUAGCCAAUGCCAUGAUGCCUGGUGCCCCAUUACAACCAGUGAACCAUAUCCCUCAAACAUUCCAAAAAAGAGGGGGGGAGGGAUCUGCAUAUUUCAUCGACACUGAUUCCAUUUAUCAAUACCAAACACUAAAGCAAGAGGAGUGCAGUCCAAGCGGCACCCCUGGAUCUGUCAUUGUUUGUGCUCCACUUCAUGAGUUGCUGGGAUCUGUUGCUGGUUCAAAUGCCUUCCUUGAACAGGAAGCUUCUUCCAUUUGUGAGAGGCCAAUGUUUUCAGUUGCACCAAGCCUAGCCACCAAUGCUUCAACAGCCUUUAACCCCUAUUUGGGGCCAGUUUCUCCUGGCUUGGUCCCAGCAGAGAUCUUGCCAACAGCACCAAUGCUGGUUGCAGGGAAUCCUGGUGUGCCAGUUCCUGCUGCAGCAGCAGCAGCAGCACAGAAGCUAAUGCGGACGGACAGAUUGGAGGUAUGUCGAGAGUAUCAGCGUGGCAACUGUAACAGAGGAGAAAAUGAUUGCCGGUUUGCCCACCCUGCCGACAGUGCAAUGAUUGAUACCAACGACAAUACUGUUACUGUCUGCAUGGAUUACAUCAAAGGGAGAUGUUCAAGGGAAAAGUGCAAAUAUUUUCACCCUCCAGCCCAUCUGCAAGCUAAGAUCAAAGCUGCCCAGUACCAGGUCAAUCAAGCAGCAGCUGCUCAGGCAGCAGCUACUGCAGCAGCCAUGACUCAGUCGGCUGUCAAAUCACUGAAGCGACCCCUCGAGGCAACCUUUGACCUGGGGAUUCCUCAAGCUGUACUCCCCCCAUUACCAAAGAGGCCUGCGCUUGAAAAAACCAAUGGUGCCACCGCAGUCUUUAAUACUGGUAUUUUCCAAUACCAGCAAGCUCUUGCAAACAUGCAGUUGCAACAGCAUACAGCCUUCCUCCCACCAGGCUCAAUAUUGUGCAUGACACCCGCUACAAGUGUUGUUCCCAUGGUGCACGGCGCUACGCCCGCCACUGUGUCUGCAGCAACAACAUCUGCCACAAGCGUCCCCUUCGCUGCAACUGGCACAGCCAACCAGAUUCCCAUAAUAUCUGCCGAACAUCUGACUAGCCACAAGUAUGUUACACAGAUGUAGACACUUAAUCAUCAAACAAUCAUAUGACAGAGAAGAAGACAGCGUGGUUGAGUGAAGAAUCAGGACAGGUCAUUAGCCAUAAUGUAUAUACCGUAAAAUAACAGCACCCAAAUUUCCUCAGCAGUAAGACAUCCACAUAUUGCAUGUUAACAAGAUGAAAUGACAACUUGGAAAUUCACUGCACACUGUUGCCUAUAUACUUUGUACAUUGAAUAGAUAUUUGUGCUGGGGUGAUCAUAUUGUCUAAAGUAGCCUUCCCUAACUUGGUGCCCUCCAGUUGUGUUGGUCUAUAAUUCUGGGUUGAAUCCUGGAAGUUGUAGACCCAAGAAAGCUAAAGGGCAUCAAAUUGGAGAAUGUUAGUCUAAAGACUACAGCAUUGUCCAUCUUUUCUAGCACACAAGUAUGCAAUGCAUACCUAGCCGACGUAUGCAUUGGUAGACUCUUUUCCUACAUAAUCAUGUACGUCAUUUUGAAAAGACAGACUGUGAUGUAGCCAUAGAUCUAUAAUGUAUUGGUACGUCUGUAGACCAAGAUAUAAUUUUUAAAGUAAGUUUAUUAUCUCAAGGUUUACAAAUAACAAAAGGUGCACCUUGUAUUUAAAAUUGCCAUUAUAGAAGAGACCGUGCAUGCACAGUAUAAUUUUUUUCCUUUUUUGUUUUAAGAGUAAUAUUUUUAAAUGUAAUAGAUUGUAAGAAGUGGUAAAAGAGGUAUCUGACAGAGAUGAAUGUGCCAAGUAAAACCACAACUGUGUAUAUUUUUAAAGCACAUCAAUGGCUUUAAGUACCGUGUUGUUAAAGAUUUUCAUGAAGUGCCAUAGACUGUAAUCAGAGUAGAGUAUUAUUUCUUCAGUGUUACUUUAAGAGCCACAUUUUUGCUUGUUUUGCUAGUAGCUAAUCAGUCAAAGGGCACCCUUCCGUUUCAAACCAAAGCUGUCUCAGAAAUGGCCACCUCAGUUAAUAAUAGACCGCACAUUUUUUCUUUUUUCUUUUUUUUUAAGCAAGAGCAACCGUAGAUAUAUGGGUCAUUCCUAAACAUAUUGGAUACAUAAACCUAUAAAUUAUUAUAAACCAUUGUAGAUGUAAUAGUUUUGCAAAGUAUACUGUAUAACAAACAAUAUACUAUUUCAAAAAGGGAAGAGCCAUUUCUGAGACAAUAUUAGAAAAAUGUCUGAAUAAUUUUAUUUUGCUUCAAUUUUCUAACCUCUGUCAAAAGUCCAAGAGACUCUAAAUGUGUUGAAGGAAAUGGGUUUUGCUUUUCUGAUCCAAUGCAUCACUUCAAAGUCACACACUUCAAAAAAAAGAUAGUGACUCUAAUCAUGGGAAAAGCACUGACAUCAGAUGCCUGAUUAAAAAGAAAACCAAAAUAAUCAACAAUCAAUGAAAAUGUUAAUUAGAGUAGGCGCUGGGUGGGUUAAAUAUCGGGUGAGUUUUAUAUGUGAUUUCUUCUGUUGAGAUUUAACUGCUUAUAGCCUUAGAAAGCCUUUACAAAAUGAAACAAAAAUAGAUGUGCAUUCAAGUUUUUAAGAUGGAUUCAUCCAAAGGAAAUCCUUUGUGUGGUUUGGAUGUUGCAGUUAGUAAAGGAUAUAUUUUGCUCUGUUCAGCAAAGCUCAAGGUGGGGGCCAGGUCUCUGGUAGCGUCGCGUAGAAUGGGAGAGGUGAGGGUUCGGUUCUAGAAUUCUCCAUACUUCCAAGUUUACUUGCAAGUUUUUAUGCUUGAGAGAUGCUUUCUAGUUAAAAAAAAAAAAAGAAUGAUGUGUUGAUUUUACUGAUUGUACUGUACAUCUAUUAAAGCCUUAGAUUAUUACAUUACGGGUUAAAACCCAUACCAAUGUAAUUUCAAUCGUGUUAAGAAAGUAUAGGUGACUUCACAUGUUAUUGUAGUUUACUUACAUUUAGAGAAUACGACUUAUUUUUCCUUGCUAAAAUGGUAGUUUUUAUUUCGUACAUUUAUUAGAUCACUUUCAUUUUCUAUUACCAGAUGAAUGCCAUUUAAGUUUAUAGAAUUUUGUUUUAUUAGAUUUUACUGAUGAAUUUUUUUCAAAAUACGAAAAAAAAUUAAAAAUAUUUUUUCUUCAUAGCAUAUGCAGUUUUGAAUUUACAUGUAGUGUCAUGAAUAUUCGUAUUCUUGUUAACUAAAUGAUUUAUAUUUUACUGAUUUAAUAUUAUAAUGUAAGAAUAUCAGUCAUUGUUAGUUCUUGUCUAGUUUUCAUUAAAAGAACAAAGAUCUUUUAUAUGGAUAUCUUAUAUAAUCAUUGUUAAGUAAGAAGUUAAGUUGUUGCUAUUGAAAUGAUCCUGGCAGACAACUGAGUAAUAUUUUGAUGAUUUAUUUUGUUUGUAAUUAAUUAUAAAAGAAAAAAUCUAGUUCCUAGAUAUUAGAAUAAAAUUUAUUUUCUACUGUAUCCAUUUCAAAUGUUAAAAUAUUGUUUAAAUAUUUUUUUUGAAAUCCCUGAAUAUCAGGCCUUCUUAUAAAUAAGCUGCAUAAUCAGUAGAUCAAGGGACUUUUUUUGUUGAUAAUCCAAAUACUCAAAAGUUUACGUAUAACAAGAAUUAUAAUAUGUGUGAGUGCUUGUGCAUACUCUUGAGGGAUGAUUAUGCUGCAAUUUAGCAUGUGGGAAAGUAUAGAGAGAAGGUUGACCUUUUGCACUUCUGUAUAUAGUCAAAUAAAAAAAAUAAGAGAGAAACCUGUAUAAUAGUAAGAUCUUAUUUUGAAUAAAAAUGUCUAUAAAUACAAGGAGUUUUGUUAAGGCUUAUAAAAAUGACAGGCUGAACAAAAUUGCUUGCAAAAAAGUGGCACAGAGUUAGCACUCCAUACCCCUUUGAAAAAGUGGCUUUGCUUUAUGUGAACAGCUUCUAGUUUGCCAGGAUUCUUUCAGCUGGAAAGAUUGGCCAUCCUUCUCAUGACUAACAAAAGCUGCACUGGUCUAAAUCUGCCUGAUGAGACAAGAAAAAUAAAAAUUAUUUUUUUAAAAAUAAAAUUUCAGAAAAACAGGUACUUCCAACCAUUAAAGGUAAAUCAUGGAUCUAAUAUGUCUUACAUUACUCAAAACAACUACUGCAUGUUUCAAGUAUCAAAGAGAGAGAGAGAAAAAGAAAAUAUAAAUAGAUAUAAAAAUAUAUAUUCUAUUCAAACCAGUUUCUGAAAAAUUUCAGUAGUUUUAUUAUUCACACACUAGCGCAAACACACACAUACACAGAGAAAGUGAUAUUGACUUUCACAUGCACACUAAGGUUUAAAAAAGUCAACAGGCAAACCAAAACAAAACCAUCAUAGCUGUAGUUGUUAUGUAAUUAUUUUUAUUGCUGUAGUGAUCCGGUUCUUUUAGCAGGUGAAAAAAAAAUACCCGAUCAAAUUUACCAUUUUCAACCUAAAGCACCUGACAAACCAUGUACUACAUGAAGCAAAGUGAGGGGGGAGGGAACCAAUGAUUGAAUCUAUUCUGUCUCAUAAUUCAUAUUGAUGAAUUAGUACAUGUUGCACUUCCUUGCAACCCUAUAACUUUCAUCUGCUGAAAGGACAGGUAUGCUUGGUUUUUACUAUUAUGUAAUCACAGACUUAAAUUUGCUUGGUAGUUGCUCCUACUUAUGUACUCUGUCCUGGGCUGCAAUUUGUUUUUAUGCUUAUUUUAUUAUUACUGCUAUAGCUGUAUGAAAAAAAAAAUAAAGUUAAAUUGCCCUAAUAAAACUUCUUUUAAUUA